AUGGCCUAUAGGAAACGAAAAUAUCAGACACCCAAUAUUAGCCAAGAAUUACAGGAUCGAAUUAGCGCUGUGAUCAAUAAUUUUAUCGCCGAUCACACAGUACAAGAACUAGAAUUUCCUCCAUCGUUACUAAAAGAAGAGAGAGCCUUCAUUCAUCAAUUUUGUAAACCGCUAGGUCUAAUAUCAAAAAGUCAAGGUUGGGGAUCAGAACGGUUUUUAACCGUUAGACGUUCUGGAAACUUGAAUGAUGACGCCAAAAUUACAACAUUGACACUGAAUGGCGCCUCCAAGAAAGGUCUUACAGAUUUAAUCAGUCAGUUCCCUCACGGACUUGAUCAAUAUCAUGGUAGUCAACCUGAAGAAGCUAUAAAAUCGACUGUCUACAGCGGGCAAGGACAUAAACUAAUAUUUUCAUCUCCGCGCAUUCCCCCACAUCAUUAUUCAACACAACAAUCACUUCGUCAUCAAUUACCGAUCGUUCAUCAAAGAAGUCAAAUUCUAGCAGCGAUCCAAUCCAACAAGGUGAUUAUCGUAAUGGGUGAAACUGGUUGCGGUAAAACAACUCAGAUACCUCAGUAUAUAUUGGAAGAUGGUCAGGCUACAGGAAAGCCUUGUCGUAUCAUUUGCACGCAACCACGUCGGUUAUCAGCAAUUGGAGUUGCAGAAAGAGUUGCUUACGAACGUGGAGAGCCGAUAGGAUCAACGAUAGGGUAUCAAAUUCGUUUGGAGAGCAAAAUAUCCCCUGAUACUUGUUUGCUCUAUUGUACAACGGGAAUUUUAUUACGAUAUUUGACAUUGGGAGCACCUUUCCUAGAUUGUAUAACCCAUAUUGUUGUGGAUGAGGUACACGAAAGGGAUAAACUAUGUGACUUUUUGCUCAUAACUCUGCGUAAGCUAAUCGAACAAGAAUCAAAUAUAAAGUUGAUUCUAUCAAGUGCAACCCUGAACUCGAAGCUAUUUUCUCAGUACUUUUUCAAUUGUCCAAUUUUAAAAGUUGAUGGACAUACAUACCCCGUUGAAGAAUUGUACCUUGAAGACAUUUUAAUAAGAACUAAAUAUAUAAGCAAAUUAAUCCCUAAAAACAUCAAACAAGAUACCAGUUCCUCUUUAGUUCAAGAUAAAGAAUUAAACGAUAACCAAGCCGUAAAAGACAAAAAGAAAUUAGUGGAAAAUGAUGAUGGAAAUAUUAAUGCUAAUCAGGCUAUGGACAAUUAUCUUGAAAACGCUUGGAUUAAGAAUGAUGAUAACUCCUUUCGUGGUAUCAUCGAAAUGAUAGAAAAUGGACAUAUACAUGUUGAUUAUCAGCAUUCUGAAACGUCCGCUUCAUCACUUAUGAUUGCUGCUGGACAUGGAAAAUUGGCAACCAUUGAAUCGCUAUUGCAAUUAUCCGCUAAUGUUAAUUUAAAAUCCAUCAAUGGAUGGACAGCACGAGAUUGGGCAUUAAAAUGGAAUCGGCCAGAAGCUGUAGAAAAGCUUGAUCAAUUUAGUAUGGAGAAGCCUUCAGUGAUGGAUGUGAAUUACAAUCGUAACUCACUUCUGAAAUUAUGUACAGACUCUAUCCAAGGAGAAAAAAUCGAUUAUGAUUUAAUUACACAUAUAAUUUCCUAUAUUUGUAAAGAAGAUAAUAAAGGUGCUAUCUUAGUAUUCUUACCCGGCUAUGAAGAUAUUGUGAACGUUAAGGAUAGAAUUUUACAAAGAAAAUUUAGUAAACAUAGCAGAUUAAAGAUACGAAUUUUCAUACUCCAUUCAUUAGUAGAAAUCACCCGUCAAAGAGAAAUAUUUAAAUCUUGUCCUCACGAUGUUAAAAAAAUUAUAUUAUCUACUAAUAUUGCCGAAACAAGUAUUACUAUUGAUGAUGUGGUAGACGUUAUUGAUUCUGGAAGAAUAAAAAUGAAAAAUUUUGAUGCUUUAUCGUCUGCAUCAUCAUUAACUUCUGCUUGGAUAUCGAAAGCCAACGCGAAGCAACGAGCAGGAAGAGCUGGCCGAUGCCAACCUGGGCGAUGUUACCAUAUAUAUAGUAAAUCGAAAUAUAAUAGUUUGAGCGAUUAUUUAAGAGCUGAAAUUUUGCGCAUACCCUUACAGGAAUUAGCUCUACAAGUAAAACUCUUGAAUACUAACGUUUCCAUAGCAGAAUUUUUAAAUGAUGCUAUAGAGCCACCAUCUUUUAUUGCAGUUAAUAAUGCGGUGGAAUGCUUAAAGGCUAUUGGGGCCCUUGAUGAAAACGAAAACCUAACGGAAUUAGUUAUCCUACCCGACGAAUCAAGCGACUUCAUCAAAAUUGACUAUUUUAAACGAACAAUAUGCAAUAAUAUCCAAAGUGAUCAUUACUUAAUAGUACAAGUUUUUGAGGCGGCCCUUGUAGCUGGAUUAUACCCAAAUAUUGCUAAAAUAGAUCCCAGUAAUUGUUGGCUAACCGCAGGCUACAAACAAGGUCGAUCAAUAGGUAACAAUAGAUUCUAUCAUAGAUUGAAAAAAAUAAAAAUUCAUCGUUCGUCGAUGUUAUUUGGACUUUUAUCGGCAAAGUCUGCUACCUCAAAAACACAUGAAAUGAAAGCAAAUUCCAAUUGGUUCAUAUACAAUGAUCUAUUGAGAAAUUACACAAGUACUGCAGCUGUUGGUCUAACAGUUACAUCAGCCAUAGUUACUUAUUUAUUUUCUGGCUCACCUUACCCAAAGAAAGAGGAAGAUUAUAGUGCGGCCCUAAAUAAUAUUCAAAAAGACCUUGAUGUCAACGGAGGAAAAGUAUUGGAAGAACAAAGAUCACAAAAUCAGGACAUAAAGGAGUAUAAACCAACUGUAACUGAAAAUAUGAUGGAUAGCGAAAAUGAAGCAGAGAAUAUCGACGUUAUGGAGAAAAUUGAAAUAGAAAAUAGUUGGAUUUCCUUCACAGUAGCUAGAGAGGAGAAAAACCUACUAUUAGCUAUUAAAAGGAUGCUACUGCAAGCGAUAUUACGCAAUUUAAUACAACCAGGAAUUCAUCAUACUUCAGAAGAGCAAUUUAUUGAUUCCUUACAAGUUAUUUUGGCUAGCGAAGAUAAACUAACAAACUUACAGGAAAAGGUACACUACCUAUCAGCCUUAGAUAGCCGGCAGGGAGGAAAUAACGUAAAUCAAUCAUGCAGAAUUCGUACUGAUAAUAAGAAGCAAUCAGGCCAUGUUCAUAAUAAUAAUAAUCGCCAGAGGUAUACGAGUAUGAAAGGUACCACACCUAUCAAGAAAUACAGCACUAAGGAAGAGCAUGAUCAAUCAGAGUCUACAAAAAGUAAAGUUGGAGAAUUUCAGUCUGCGAAGCCCUUAACGAUACGUAAUCAAAGUAAAAGAUCCAAUAUUCGUUACUUCAUACUAAAAUGUUAUAACGAAAAUAUCCUUCCCGAUGCUGUAUCCAAGGAAAGUGAUAAAGUUAUGAUAAUAUUUUCUGCGCAAAGAAGUAAGCAUUUUCAAGGGUAUGCUGAAAUGAGCAGUCCGAUCAAGAAAUUGAGCACUCCUUUUACAACUCCUGUACCACAAUAUCGCACAGGAAUAUUCGAUAUAAAGUGGAUCAAAAUAUUCAACAUUCCAUUUCAUGCAACAAAGCAUUUAAUUAAUCCUUGGAAUAAGGGCAAGUUGGUUCAUAUAUGCCGUGGUGGACAGCUUUAUAACGAAACCGAUUUUUUCUUACGUUUAAAAUGUAAACUUAAUGGAAUAGACUUGAUUCAUACCAACUUAUUACCAAGUUUAUCAGGUAUCGAGGAUUUCGAUACCUGCAGUCCAUAUGGAAGACGUAGUUAUUGA